UAUAGCACUCUGUUCCAGGAUGCGACACGGAUGCCAGAACAGACUGAACCCGGGGACAGCUGGGACCCCUCCUCCUCCUCCUCCUCCUCCUCCUCCUUCUCCUUCUCCUUCUCCUCCUCCUCCUUAAUUCAUGGUGUUCCUUGUUUGUGGCAAAUGAAGUGUACUGCUCUCUGUGGCUGACAGACUGUAUUUGUCAAGCCUUUUCAGAAAUAGUUCAGCCCUACACAUAAUAUGGAGCCAAUUCUAGAUCUGAUGUGCAUAGGGAUGUCUGGAUUGUCAUAUAGUGGUGUUUGCUCUGUGAUUAAUAGUGAAAGUCUCAACGGGAAAAUAUGUGGGGUCUUAAAACAUGGCAUAAAACUCUUAAAAUGCUCUUACAAGGAUCACCAUGGGAGACAGCGAUCAUGAACCCCCAACUAGUGAGUCUGGAAUAAGAAAGUUUUUCCGAGGCAUUUUGCCCCACUGGCCUCGCUCUUCACCCCAAGGAGGAGCCACACCAACACAUACUGAUCCUCCUGAUGUAGGCAAUGACGAAGCCACAUCCCUUUCACAGCUAAAACGCAAAUCAUCACUCCUGCGGAACCAUGAUGAUUCAGAGGAUUCAGAUUAUGAAGAGAACUUGCCCUCUGCUAAGAGACAACGUAUCACAGUAUCAGCCAUGAGACGUCUUUUUGCAAAAUUCAGCCUGAGUGACAAAGAGGGAAUAGAUGAAGCUGCAUCAUCUUCAACACCAGAGAAAGUUCCUGACAUUCCAGCACAAAAGCUUCACCCUCCAAGCUACAAGCGGGACAUAUCUCCAUCGCCACCAUCACUAAUCUCGUCCUCUCCCUCUCUUUCCAACAGUCAGAGUAAUAACAAUGAUGCGGACAUUCCCAACAUGAAUAAAAUACUAGCAACCUCAAAAAAACACAAAACAUCAGAUGCUCCUGAAGCAAAGGAUGGGAAACGAAGGAAAACCAGUGAUUUCAGUGACUCAGAUGACAAUGAUGAUCAACCAAAAACCAAUAACAAAUCCAGGUCAAAUGGAGACAUAGUUAAGAGUAAUAAACGACAAGUUGAUUUUUCAGACAGUGACACUGAGGGUCAUAAUGAACACUUGUCUAAAGUGAAAAGAACAAGACGUCUCAGGAGAGGCUUGCGCUUGUGUACUAAUAUUACUUGUUAUAUUGAACAAGUACUUUACAAUUAAGCUUUGAUGUUUUUGAGUAGCUCCAAAGGAGCAUUAUUUUAUAGGCUUUUCCUAUAUAAUACUUUUAUUGUGAUAUAUAUAAAAAACAAGAUUUUGUAAGAAAAGCAUUUUCAUGUUCUUUCCUUCAUGGUCCAUUGAGAAAAUAUUCACUGUACCACUACAUAGUACUCAUAAUAAUCCACCAAUAAAACAUAAUCUCUGCUUUAGUAUUUUAAAACUUGAAAUCCCAUUUCCCCAAAAAUACCUGCAUUAAAAAAAAAAAAAACUAUGGACAAAAAAAAUAUUUUACAGAAUAUAAAUGCAAAAUAAACUCUAAUCUAAAACGGAAAGGCAUUAGCUAAUAAUUUAAAUUUUGUAGUUAACUUUGACAGUCUGACAGCAUCACAACAGCAUCCACAACUUGCUUUUCCAUCAAACAGUAGUAAUAAAAAUAUGUAUGAGCUUCUUAGUAAAUCAAUAAAAAAAAAAUCACUCAUUCCUGCAAUAAAUCAAAUAUAAUCUUCCUUUCCAGCUACAAUUUCAUCUGUGCAACUAUAAAAUAGUUUGUGUGAUCCAUCUUUUUCAUCUUCUGGGCAAAUAAGAUUGUUUUCUGCCUUUCUCUCUUUUUUCCUCUUCCAUUCAUAGAUAUAAUAUGAUCUUUGUAAUAUAGAUUUCCUUCUUAA